GACAUUUUUUAACCUAAUCUUAGACCUAAUUGUAAAUUCAGCUGUUAUUAAUCACGUUUAUUAAAAUGAUUUUUAUGAAAUUGAUUCUUCUCAGUUUAUUUUGUUUUAGAUUGCAUACUUUGGAUACCUCCAAGGAUGGCUUCAGCGCAAACAAUUGGUUGGGGAGUAGGAUUUGGACUGGUUGCCUUCGCUAUCAUUGCAGGGAACAUUCUUACAAUGGUGGCCUUUUUUGGUUCCAAAAAGCUUUUGCAGAUGCGUGCGAGCUAUUUCCUACUUAACCUUGCAGCUGCUGACUUACUCGUGGGCGCUAUCACAGUCCCUAUGUACAUAGCUCUUUUAAGUCACCACUUGGAGAAUGUCACAUAUCAAAGCAUUUACACCGCUGUGGACAUAGCUUCCGGUUUUGCGUCUGUUUUCACUUUGACAGCGAUUGCGUUGGAGCGUGUAUACGCUUUUUGCAGGCCUCUUCGUCAUCGUCACGUCCUGACAGACGCCAAAUGUCUCCUGAUGAUUGGAAUAGUCUGGAUCCUUUCCUUCAUCAUUACCAUCCUGCACCUAUUGUACAAAUACCACGUCAUUUCCUUUGACGUGUUCUUUUAUGUGAUGACGUCCUCAUUAAGUGCAUGCUUGUUGUUUAUGUGUGUAUCAUAUUUAGUCAUUUGGGUCAGAGUUAAAUUCUAUUUUGGAUCGCAAAAUCGUGCUUUGGGUAACGACAGAAAGGUUGCUAGAAUGCUUUUGACCAUCACGCUCACAUUUGUGGUCACGUGGUUACCCUUCUACUUGUUAAACAUAAUCAACUAUUUUUGUAGCUUUUGUUUAGUCUCAAAGUUACCACAUAAUGCUUUGUUUUUCUGCAAAUUACUGCAUUACGCCAACUCGUUCUUGAAUCCAGUCAUUUAUUCGUUUCAAAUGCCUGACUUUAGAAUAGCCAUGGGUAGAAUGUUGUGCAGGGAAUCGUAUGGUGUGGUUGAAGAAACACCAAAGAUCGAGGAAAUACCUUUGGAUAUCGUAGGAGAAGCAGAGGAACAAUGAAGAAGAAAUCGACGACUGGGAACAGACAAACGUAUAGACAGGUAAGGAGACAAGCCGAGAGACCAAACGGACAGACAGUGACACAGGUAGACAUACACACUGACAGCCAAACAGACAGACAGACAGUGACGCAAGCAGACAUACAAACACACGUACAAUGACGUGUUGGCAGGGUCAUUAUAACGAGGAGUUCUGUUAUUGUUAGUGAACCAGCUGUCGCGACGAGUUCUCGAGAACGAAACCCUCCUAUUGCAGAAUCAUUAGUAUUACAGCAGAGGAAAAUGUAUCGUCAGAAAUUGGAAUAUAGGACUAGACUGAUUUAACCAGCUUCUUGAUCAACAUAUAGAAGCAUAAAAUUAUAGAUGCAAUUAUCAUGAAUUUCGAGUAGAGCAGACCUCAAGCACAGACCGUAAAAUGCCAUGUACAAUUAAAAUCAAAGCAUCCAUUGAAUUUUAAUUCAAACAAUUUAACGUUAUAUCAUUAUUAAAGCAAUAUGUAAGAGAGGUAAAAAGUUGUACUUAAAAUACUCAACAAUUAUUCACUGAAGUUGAGAUGAAAAUGCUCUACUUAAAACCUACAUUGAGCUGUACAGCGUAACUACCCUGACAAAAACGAUCAUUUCUUAUUAAUAAGUUAUUAAUACCUUUAUGCUAGUUACAACUAUCUCAUUCCUAGUGGACCGAUGAAAAUCACUGUCUUUUUGCCGAGAGCCUGCGUGGUCGAGUGGUGGGUUUCAAGUCCCGCUCUGACCACUAAACUGGAUUUGCUUCUCGGUGGACCCUAUAGUUCAACUCCUUGGUAGCUAGGUGUGGCUAAGCUCAUUGACCACUAUAAACAACAACAUUUAAACAUUUUUAGAGCAUUCUUGCUAUCCAAGAGAUUUUGUAAAUAGUGGAUAGCUAUCUGACUUAAAGCUAACAUAUACCUCUAUCUGCAAGUGAAUAUAUCAAAGAUCAUAUAUUUGAACUGCGCAGAAA